AUGAGGCCUGACAACACUUUGUAUCUGAUUGGGGUGGCCCUCCUUGGGCUUACAAACGCACAGAUCAAGCCCGGUCCUAGGCCUAGCAGUGGUAGUGGCAUCCAACCUGGCAGCGGCGGUGCCAUCCAGCCUGGCAGUGGUGGUGGUAUCCAGCCUGGCAGCGGCGGUGCCAUCCAACCUGGCAGCGGCGGUGGUAUCCAGCCUGGCAGCGGCGGUGCCAUCCAGCCUGGCAGUGGUGGUGGUAUCCAGCCUGGCAGUGGUAUCCAGCCUGGCAGUGGUAUCCAGCCUGGCAGUGGUGGUGCCAUACAACCUGGCAGUGGUGGUGGUAUCCAGCCUGGCAGCGGCGGUGGCAUCCAGCCUGGCAGUGGUGGUGGCAUCCAACCUGGCAGUGGCGGUGGUAUCCAGCCUGGCAGUGGUGGUGCCAUCCAACCUGGCAGUGGUGGUGGUAUUCAGCCUGGCAGCGGCGGUGGUAUCCAACCUGGCAGCGGCGGUGGUAUCCACCCUGGCAGUGGUGGUAAUACUAGCCCUGGGUCCUGGACCUGUCCUAACCCACCGAAGGCAUACAACCAAUCGCCACCAAUCACCACUAGCAUAUCCUGUCCUGCGAGUGAUGGAAGUAUCUACGAGACACUUGAUGGCAGCUGGUAUUACCUGCAGUGCUGCACCCAAAGCUCUUCCAAUGCGCUGUCCGUCGGUACACCGCAAGUUUCUAGCAUGAAGGAAUGUCUCAACAAGUGCUCUGAGAUCGCGAACUGCGAAACUGUCUCUUUCGAGCCUUCCACCCUUUAUUGCAACCUCCUUGACUUUGGUUCUUUCUCUCAGACCUCUCAUGGAAGCCAGCUCUAUGCCUUCCCGACUUCCCCCCCGGUCACCAAGCAGCCCAGUAUGACAACUCGCCGGUGCGCUACCACCUGUCCAGAAGCUAAUGGCCAGAUCUAUGUGAGCCCAUACGGCGAAACCUUCUACAUGAGCUGUGGAAUGCGUCACGGCACCCCGUACCUUAACGUCGAGAAAGUCUCAACCCUGGAGGAUUGCAUGGACCACUGCGCAGCUUCUCCUUCUUGCAGCAGUGUUGACUUUGACCAAAGCAAACAAGUGUGCUAUUUGAGCAACAAUGACAGCCCUCCAACUCUCGAAGCUAGUCGAUUUGCUAGUGCCCACUCCGUCGGCUGUUCUGGGGCGUGCGAGGGCUGCGGCAAGCAAAAAUGUGGCACACAGCAGCAGCCAAAGCCCAACACGAAUCAGUGUGUUGAUAACCAGCUUGUUCAUGUUGCCAACCACCCAUUCCGGGUAAAAUGCAACCAAUGUUACACAGGCACAGCAACAACAUCAGUAUACAAACCGGAGGCCAAGACUCACGAGGAAUGUAUGCAGCUCUAUGUGUUGGAGGCUAAUAAUUAUGCUGGGGCGAAUUGGUUGAAGAACGGCGGAUGUAUUUUGAAGCCUGUAGGGUCCGCAAUCUCGAACCACGCCGACUGUACUGCCGCCUUCGUGCCCCUCUGGAAGUGA